GACCUGAGGCCCCGGUUCAACAUGGCGGCCUCCACGGGUCGUUGGCUUCUCCUCCGGCUUGCGCUACUCGGCUUCCUCUGGGAAGCGUCCGGCGGCCUCGACUCGGGGGCCUCCCGCGACGACGACCUGCUGCUGCCCUAUCCACGCGCGCGCGCGCGCCUCCCCCGGGACUGCACACGGGUGCGCGCCGGCCGCCGCGAGCACGAGAGUUGGCCUCCGACCCCCGCGACCCCCGGCGCCGACGGUCUGGCCGUGCGAAGCUUCGUGUCACACUUUAGGGACCGCGCGGUGGCCGGCCACCUGACGCGGGCCGUUGCGCCCCUGCUCACCUUCUCGGUACUAGAGCCCGGUGGGCCCGGCGGCUGCGCGGCGAGACGACGCGCCACCGUGGAGGAGACGGCGCGGGCGGCCGGCUGCCGCGUCGCCCAGAACGGCGGCUUCUUCCGCAUGAACACGGGCGAGUGCCUGGGGAACGUGGUGAGCGACGAGCGGCGGGUGAGCAGCUCCGGGGGGCUGCAGAACGCGCAGUUCGGGAUCCGCCGCGACGGGACCCUGGUCGUCGGGUACCUGUCUGAGGAGGAGGUGCUGGACACUGAGAACCCAUUUGUGCAGCUGCUGAGUGGGGUCGUGUGGCUGAUUCGUAAUGGAAGCAUCUACAUCAACGAGAGCCAAGCCACAGAGUGCGACGAGACACAGGAGACAGGUUCCUUUAGCAAAUUUGUGAAUGUGAUAUCAGCCAGGACGGCCAUUGGCCACGACCGGAAAGGGCAACUGGUGCUCUUUCAUGCAGACGGCCAAACGGAGCAGCGUGGCAUCAACCUGUGGGAAAUGGCGGAGUUCCUGCUGAAACAGGACGUGGUCAACGCCAUCAACCUGGAUGGGGGUGGCUCUGCCACCUUCGUGCUCAAUGGGACCUUGGCCAGUUACCCGUCAGAUCACUGCCAGGACAACAUGUGGCGCUGUCCCCGCCAAGUGUCCACCGUGGUGUGUGUGCACGAACCCCGCUGCCAGCCGCCUGACUGCCACGGCCACGGGACCUGCGUGGACGGGCACUGCCAGUGCACCGGGCACUUCUGGCGGGGUCCCAGCUGCGGCGAGCUGGACUGUGGCCCCUCUAACUGCAGCCAGCACGGGCUGUGCACAGAGACUGGCUGCCGCUGCGAUGCCGGCUGGACCGGGUCCAACUGCAGUGAAGAGUGUCCCCUUGGCUGGCACGGGCCGGGCUGCCAGAGGCCUUGUGAGUGUGAGCACCAUUGUCCCUGUGACCCCAAGACUGGCAACUGCAGCAUCUCUGGAGUAAAGCAGUGUCUCCAGCCAUCUGAAGCCACCCUGAGGGCGGGAGAACUCUCCUUUUUCAGCAGGACCGCCUGGCUAGCCCUCACCCUGGCGCUGGCCUUCCUCCUGCUGCUCAGCAUCUCAGCGAACCUGUCCUUGCUCCUGUCCAGAGCAGAGAGGAACCGGCACCUGCGUGGGGACUAUGCCUACCACCCACUGCAGGAGAUGAACGGGGAGCUUCUGGCCAUAGAGAAGGAGCAGCCAGGGGGCGCCCACAACCCCUUCAAGGACUGAAGCCUUGAGCUACCCGGGGUGGCAUGUCCCGAAAGCUUGUUUCCCCACCGUCUGGCUUCUGCAGGGGAAAUUUCAAGGCCACUGGUGUGGACCAUCUGGGUGUCCUCAGCCCCUGUGGGGCAGCCAAGUUCCUGAUAGCACUUGUGCCUCAGCCCCUCACCUGGCCACCUGCCAGGGCAGCUGUGACCCUAGCAAUACCGUGCUCCCUGGAAAGACUCAGCCGCCUGCUUCCUGCCUGCCUGUGUCUGCUGCUGAGAAGCCUGUGCCCGCUGCUGAGAAGCCUGUGCCCCCGGGAGGGCUGCUGCACUGCCAAAGAGUCUCCCACCUCCUGGGGAAGGGGGAGGGGCUGCCAAUGAACCAAGCCCAGUGACCACGUCACGACAAAACAGCACAUCCCGGCCAGCGCGCCGGCUGGGGUGGGUUAAAGGGACGAGUCUGCCUUCCCGGCGGUGACACAGGACCCCUUUUCUACACACCUCAUCACAGGACUUGCCAACUAGAAUUCGAUUUCCUGUCAGAGGAAACUCCUUGGAAGAAGGACGGGGGAUGAAAUCAUGUUUACAGACCUAUUUUGUCAUCCUGCUGCCAAGAAGUUUUUUUAAUCACUUGAAUAAAUUGAUAUAAUACAAGGAGCCAGCAGGUGGUGUCUGGAUUC